ACCUCUCAAGACUUCCCGUGGGCAGCAUUGGUGCGGCACAGCGAAAUCCUUCGCGCAUAGUUAGUCCCAGUUUUCGGCGCUGUGUCCGUAGGCAGCCUUCAACUGAUAUCAAGUCACGACAGUCAAUACAUCAGGAUGUGCUUUUCGCCGUUCUUCGUGAACUAUCCAUAGCGUAUGUGCGCUUGCCAUUCGUUUGGUCACGCAUGUUUGUAGAGUCGUUGUCAUAGUAGUGGCAAACACGAGGACCAAUAUCAAAGUGUUUUAAAGUAAAGACAUUCCAGCUCACAUGAGAUUUUGUGGUUUAUGGCUGACAAUAGUAGGGUUCUUCACCUCAUAUAUACAUCAAGAGUGAUUGUGUCGCGAUCAAUCCAUGAAACAGGCUUCCAUCAUGAGUCUCUGCUGCGGCCUCUUUCAGAGGCGGUCCACAUCUGCGCGACAACCUGCGCGAGUCAGUGGUGGCAAUCUCGAGGGCGUCGAGUUCAGCACCAGAACGUCCUACGCGAGCUCGCACAACGAGGAGAUUCAAACUACACGUCCAGACGCCAGUGCAGCUCCUCCAGCCCCUCCAGCUUCUCAGACAGCCAUACCGAAUCCAGAGCUCACAGGAUACUACUCACCUGCGGCACUUCCUCCACCCCAAUCACAGAGACCUUACAGACCGCCACUGGACUUGCAAGGCUUCUAUGGGUCUUCCCUGGCUGGAUCACAACAGCCACUGCCAGCGAGGUCAGAAACCCAGAUCAUGCCGGGCUACAUGUAGAUAGUAAUAUCUCGGCGGAUGCCAGCAAAAGCGUUGGACGUAUGACACACAUAACUGCUGGAGUUGUUAACAUCCGAGCGCCUUUUGAACGACGAUCUGGUUUAGCGGGAAGUACCAGCGAUAGGUCGACGCAAUAUGAUGAGAUGAUAGAUAAUUGAUAACGGGACUACCGACAUAGAAAUGUUCAACGAGGUACAUUACAAGGGAGAUAUGGUGCUUCGUCAAUCUGGUGUAGACAGUAUAGCAUCAUUCAGGGCGUGGCGAUGCUAUGUUUCUCAACUGUCACAAUAAACCUUCCUGACAUUCAGCAGGGGCAUCUAGUUCCGUUGAAGUGGCAUGGACGAUAGUCCUACUCGGUCAAGGCUAUUGGGAAAUUAUAUUUUAUUGCAAAAACAGAAAUAUUGGGGGCCAAAGGUGAUUAUUAAA